GUCUGCAGCCCUGGUUUCCCUUGAAGGCUUGACUUUGGUAUAUUUCGAAGUUGUAGUUUCGGUCAUACCACCUGUCUCCAUUUUUGCAAAGAUGUCCUUUAAGCCCAUUGAUCCGAAGCGCGACGAGAUCCGGCGUUACCUGGAGCGCGGCAGCGUUCUGGACUCGCUGACCAAGAUCUUCAUACGCGUGAUUAAGGAGAGGCCCGAGAAUCCGAUGGAGUACAUCCGGAACCACAUCGGCGUGGUGCGCCACCAGCACGACAAGUACGAGCGCCUGCAGCAGGACCUGCAGCUGGCCAACGACGAGAUCCAGCGGCUGCGUGGCAUCAUUAACAGCAUCAAUCCGGAGGUGCUCCAGGGCCACCAGCCCUUAACCAUCCCAACUGAGGUGGUGUCUCCCGAAGCACAGGAGGUCGCUGCAGAGCCAACUGAAGUCGCGGAGCUCCAGGAGAACGGGGAGAACAGCCCAGAGAAACCUGGAGAAAGUCCACCAGCCGUUGCCGAGGUUACAGCUGCCUUGGAGGCCUGCCAGGUGGAGGAGAAAGCGGAGGCCACCAAGGAGGAGGUUGCCGCUCAGCCAAGCCCAUCCGUCCAAGUUGAGGCCAGCAGCUCCAACGAGUAGAUCUCGAAAGCCAGCAGCUCACUAGAUCACACCAAAAACAUCCCAUUAGAACGCAUCCAUUUAGAACAAAUGUUAAGUAUUUUCCUAAAUGUAAAUGUAAAUAAAGCGAAAUUAAAAACUGAA